ACGUCAUGAUAAAAUCUAAAGGUGGGCAUACAAGGGACGUUGCUCUGCGCCAAGCCGCGGUUGCUCUGCUUUUGCCUCUACGAGUGCUCUUCUCAGUCGCUACAAACAGAGAGAGAAAGAAGAGAGAGGGUGAAAGAAGAUAGAGAAAGAUGGCACGCUUCGACCCAUGGCCGGUUUUCUUCAGGAGAGAAUGGAACAGGAAUUGGCCUUUCCUGAUCGGAUUCGCCAUUACUGGAACUAUCAUCACCAAGUUCACGCUUGGCUUCACUGAGGAGGAUGCGAAGAACUCCCCAUUCGUUCAGCGCCACAAGAGGUGAGAGCUCAGAGAGGGAUGCCCUGAUGCAUCAUGAAGUUUGCAAUAAUCCCUGUUUAAGACCUUAAGCCAAAGGGGACAAUUUUUGGCACCUUCAAUGAACAUGUGAUUUGUUUCUACUGUGGAUUUUCUUCUUUUUUUGGUAUCCUUUUUGGAUUGAAUAAGAUGGAAUGAUGCUAAAACCAUGUUAGUUGGAUUUUAUGGUAGUCAGAGCUGCCAUUUUUCUGGUUAAAUAUUUUUUUUAUCUUGGUUGAA